AGUGGGGUGCUGAACCUUUGUGCGCCCUAGCAUGGUGGGUGCACUACCUCGCUCCAUCCUGUGGGGGAUCCCCAAAUCUCAGGGGACAAAUCAAGGUUCUCUAACCCUGCCUUAGUUGUAAAAAGCCAAAUAUCCUUAUCUAGGCAGUCCUCCCAAUCUGGGGUUGUAAUAGAACUUGUAUCUUAAAGAGAAACUCAUGUAGCCCCAGUCUCUUCUCCACCUCUAAGGCUCUCUGCUUCCCCAGUGCAAGAAGCACUGGCCAAUCUCCCUGGCAUUGUCUUAGAAGUGGAGUCUCUGAUCUCUCUUCUAGCAAGAGGUGAAUGGUAAUCCCAGCUCUGGAGUCUGAGAACACCAUGUAUUCUGAUUCAAAUUAAAGUUAGGAUGUCACUGAUGCAAAUUCAAUCUUGUAAUUCUAGCUGUUGAGUUUCCCUCUCUCUAAGUAGCCUGGAUGGGACCAUCAGAAGUGCAGCAGAAGGGCAACAGGAAACAAGCAGCUCCUGUACUUGGAGGUUUGUGAAAGUUUCUGAGUCCAUUCCAUAUGAGAAGUCACUUGGAGUUCCUGGAGCUGAUUGGAUUUACAGGUCUCAGGGCUGGAGCCCUCUCUGCCUUAACUGUCAAGGAGCUGGGAAUGACUUGCCAUGUCCCCAGAUGUGGACACUACCUGGAGCUCAUUUAAUUCUCUUUCCAACAUGAACCAUAUUGCCAAAUUCUCUGAACUUUGUGACUUGUCUCUGACACUGUUAUAUACCCAUGAUUGGGCUAGAUCUGAGGUCUACUAUUGCUUUUAAGUGGGAAAUUGUGCCUCUCAUGCUUCUGGAUCACUGUUUUCUAGUUUUCUCAAGUUCUGGUGCAUUUUUAGAUUUUCCUUUGUCAAGAUUUUUCAUAAUUCUAGACACUUCCUUGUUGAAGAUCCUGCAUAUUGUUUCAUGAUAGCUUUGCCAUGCGUCUGGCUACUCUUCUUGCCUUUCUGCGGCCUGCACUGCCACUCAUUCUGGGCCUCUCCUUGGGAUGCAGUCUAAGCCUGCUGCGUGUCUCCUGGAUCCAGAGUGAUGGAGAGGAUACUUGCAUGGACACAGGGGUAAACAAUGGGCUGUUCGCAGGGAAAAUGCAGCAGGACUCUGUUGCUGGAGGAGGACCAGGACGGAAUGAGGACUUCAAGCCCAGGAUUGUUCCCUACUACCGAGACCCCAACAAACCUUACAAGAAAGUGCUCAGGACUCGCUAUAUUCAGACAGAGCUGGGCUUCCAUGAACGGCUCUUUGUGGCUGUGCUCACGUCCAAGGCAACCAUGAACACACUGGCUGUGGCAGUGAACAAGACAGUGGCCCAUCACUUCCCGCACCUGCUAUAUUUUACAGGGUUGCGCAGUGCCAAGGUGCCACAUGGCAUGGUGCUGGUGUCACAUGGGGAUGAACGUCCAGUCUGGCUGAUGUAUGAGACCAUGCGCUACAUCCACCAGCACUUUGGGGGUGACUAUGACUGGUUCUAUGUCAUGCAGGAUGACACCUAUGUCCAGGCUGAGCAGAUUAAAGCCCUUGUGACACACCUAAGCAUUAACCAGGAUGUCUACCUAGGACGGGCUGAGGAGUUCAUUGGGGGGGAUGAACAAGCCCGCUACUGCCAUGGUGGCUUUGGCUACUUGCUUUCCCGAAGCCUGCUGCUCAAGCUGCAUCGGCACCUGGACAGCUGCCGUAAUGAGAUUCUCAGCGUGCGCCCGGAUGAGUGGCUAGGACGCUGCAUCAUUGACUUCCUUGGCAUUAGUUGUGUCUCCCAGCACCAGGGCCAGCAUUACCGCUCCUAUGAACUGGCCAAAAAUGCAGACCCAGAGAAGGAGGAGGGUGAGGACUUCCAGGAGGCACUCACUGUGCACCCUGUUUCUGAGGGG